AUGGCUGAUGAGAUGAAUGGUACUCAGCUGAUAGUUGGUGAGAGGCUGGUGGCUUUGCUGGAAAGCGGCACAGAAAAAUUGCUGGUGAUUGACAGCCGCCCCUUUGUGGAAUACAAUACAUCACACAUCUUGGAUGCCAUCAAUAUCAACUGCUCCAAGCUCAUGAAGCGAAGGCUGCAACAAGAUAAAGUGCUGAUCACUGAGCUCAUCCAGCAUUCUGCAAAGCACAAGGUAAAGCAGUGAUGGGUGUUGGUGAAAUUCCUUUUUUUAAGAUGCACUUAUGCAUAGGUACAGAAUUAGAGGUGGAAGAUUGCCAGCGAAGACAUAUGAGCUCAGUUAGCAUAUAAUGUUAAACCCAAGCUAGCAAGCAAGUGUACAAGUGCACGGAGCAAAUGUUGUGGCUGCUUCACUUCUCCCCUGGUUCUGCUGCUGCCAUGUUACCCAAGACACAACAAAACAAAAUCCAAGGGAAGAUUAAUAUGGUCUGAAUUAAUAAUAAUAGGCAUAUAAAUAAGAGCUUUCUUUUGAAAAAUGUGCUAAAGUUUUUAAAAACUUGACUACAUCUGAUCAAUCCUCCCCAAUUAUUUUUUCCAGGUUGAAAUUGACAGCAAGCAAGAAGUUGUGGUGUAUGACCAAAGCUCAAAUAAUGUGGCUUCUGUUUCAUCUGACUCAUUCCUCACUGUCCUGCUGGGAAAACUGGAGAAAAACUUCAGCUCUGUUCACCUGCUUGCAGGUAGGAUCCUGGAAAACCAUAUGAGUGUGACACACAUAUGCAAAAAGAGAGAGGAGAGAGGCAGUGACUGUGCCAAUGUCACUCAGUGUGCUUCAUGGCCAAGUGGGGAUUUGAAUCCUGGACCAAAUCCAACACACCAACCAUGUUAGGGAAACAUUAGGGAAAUGGAAUAAACUGCCAUGUGAACUCAGUCUAGAUGGGCUGUUUGGCUGGUGCAACAAGCUCAUUAUGUUUGUGAGUGUUUGUGUGUUCACGACUGAUUAUUGUGUUAGAUUUCAGUUGUGUUUAUCCUUAAUGUAAUACUGUUGACAAAUGGCUGAGAUUCUACAUAUAGAGAACUGAUGCAGGAAGUGGGAGGGCUCUCCAAACUGCCGGAAUUUUGCAGGAGAGAUUUAAGAGUGUGUUAGAACUUUAGCUUUAUGCAAUUGAAGUGGAUUUAAGUACUCUGGGCUAGAGAUGUAAAAUUUCCAGAAAUUUUGAAGCCCUGAGAAAAAACCAUUCCCACCCUCCUGUUUUUUUCCAUAAAAAAAUGGAUAUUUUGGAAAAAUUGAAAAAAAGUUCAGUGUGGAGUAGUUUUACAAAUUGCGUGAAACGCAGUGUACAUAAAAGUAUUCUGCUUGCAAUAAAACAGGUAACCACCCGCCUUUCCCUCAAAAGUAACAAAAAAAACCAAGAAUCCAUCAACAUAAAAAAUAAUCAGAUUUGCCCCUUAGCACCAACAGCAAAUAAAGUUAAGAACCACCUCAAUAUUUAAGCUCCAUAGAAGGUCUACUCUUUGAGUGGUGCUUAAAAAACAAAACAAAAAAAAACAAGACACAACAUAUACAUGCAGUUUAUACUAUCUCAUUUUCUGAACUUCUAUCAUUUUCCAUUUCUUCUUCCUCUGCCACUUUGUCAUUUUUCUAAAAAAACAGCUUUGGGGGAAAACGGGGGGGGGGGGGGACGGGACUGUUUUUUCCAGGGGUUUUCCAGGCCUUCCCAUCUCUACUUGAGGACAGCCGGGGCAAAGUUACUAAAUAGUAUGUUGCACUAAGGCUCAAACUCUGUUUCAAAGGAAAAGGAGUGUGUUUUUAAAAUUGAAUUUGUUAUUAUAUAUUAUAAACCGCAUGACGGUAAAAGAGCUUCUAAACAGUUUACAAAAAUAUACAACAGAACAUUAAAAUGAUUGAUAAAACACAGUUAAAAGCAGGUAUUUAAGAGUAUUCAAAAGAUGAUUAAAGUCAGCAGUGGUUAAAAGGAAGUAAAUCGCAUGCAGCUUCUACUUCUUCAGAUGGGCUGCCGUAACAAAAAUGUUUUGAGCAGUUGCCGGAAAGAGUACAGUGAGAACACCUGCCUGGUGUCAGUUGGCAGGGAGCUCCAAAGUGGGGGUGCUGGAAGGCUGGGGGGGGGGAAUGGAAAAACUGGGGGGGGCAGGUUUUUUCCUGUUUUUUUCCAAAGCCAUUUUUUUCAGGAAAAAAUGGGGAGGGGGGAACAGUGUGUGGAAUAUUCAAACUACAUCAAACUAUUUUUUUCAAUUUUUCCAGAAAAAAAUGGCUUUGGAAAAAAACAAAAAAAAAACCACCCUGGGAUUUCCGUUUCUUUUCCUGGCCUUCCCAUCUCUACUCUGGGCUUGUCCACACUUUUGCUUGACCUGUUUUGUGAUCAUGUUGUGUAGCAGUUGAUUCCCCCGGCUCCGAGACCUUUUGUUAUUGCUCUGUGGCUGUGCCUUGUGAAAAUAGGAACUUACCUGCUGAAUCAGAUCUUAUCAGAUAUGCAGAAAAUCUGAAGAGAUUUUGCUUACCAACCUUCUGAUUCAGCAGAUAAGAUUUGUUUUUCUUGAGGCACAGCUGUGGAGGGUAUGAGGGGAAAUCAAUCAGGGCACAAAUAGUGUCAAGAUACAGGGCAAGCAAAAGUAUGAAUAACAAGUUCCUGUUUUAAAAAACAAAAAGCCACGUAUAAUGGGGGAAAUGCACUAGAACGUGUGGGUGAAUGAAUGGCUAAUGGAAGAAAUCAGGAUGAAUGCAGGUCAUUGUCAUAUGUAAGCUUUGCGCAAGCAAACCAGGAUGACUGCUGAAAAACAGGUCAUCAGGAGGAGCCUUUAGACAGAGCCUUGUGGCAGCGGCAGAGGAAGCCGCUUGGGCGCCUGGGGCGGCGCGUCCAGGGACGGGGCACUCUGCCCAUAGGGGCAGGGCGCACCGCAGGGCCUCCGGAGUCUGCCUGCCUCCUCCCGCUCAGCCGCCCUACAGCUGGGGGGGGGGAGGCAGCGGGCAAACCAUUUGGGCAGUGCAGAGCCUGCGUGCGCCACAGCUACCUCUGAAGAGAUGCAUGGCUCGGGCGUGCUGCGGUGAGUGCCGCCCGGCAUUUUGUCACCCCCCUCAGUGGUGACACUUGGAGUGGCUGCACCCCCCUUCCUCCGGCCCUGCCUUGUGGAGACAUUGCAACUUCUGCCUCAUGAAGCUGGGCUUCGUUCUUAGACAGGCAUGUGUGAGCUGUAUGUGGACUGCAACAACAACAAUACUGAAAAUUCCUGCACAGAGAAAACAAGCAUCUCAGGAAGGAUGGGCCUAGCCUAGCCUUCAUCUGACAGUGAACAUCCCAUCAGGAGGGGAGAAAACUGACAAAAGGAUGCUCCAUCAGCACAACUGAAAGACCAGCAACCUCUGGUGCUUCCUUGAACUUAUUCCACCCCAGAAGGUCAUUAGAAAAACUUGCAACUUAACAACGUUUAUUUCCUCCUACUUCCCAAUACUUUUUCUUUAAGAUUGCAAGCCAGGUGAGAGGCAGAGAAAUACCAUCUUGUCUGUAAGAUCACCUGCAGGAGCUACUCUGCUUAUUCCAUGAGUUGACGAACUGGGUCUUAUGUACCCAAGGGAUGGUCAAGCCGGCCCGAACAAGGGCACAUGCCCAGAGGGGAUGCAAAAAUCUCACCCCUGGUUCAGCUCCUGGACGGCAUGUUCUGCGGCCACGUGAAUGGGGUGGCAAGACGCCUCUGCCUUGUGUAUCCAAAUAGAGAGAGAAACAGAGAUGUUUCUCCCACCCCUCCAGCUCUCUCCUCAUUCUACAGCUGUUCGGUGUGGGCAGGAGCCGUAUCCUGGCAGGGCAGGCAGCUGAGAGGAGAAGCAGGGCAGGCAGGCAGGUGUGGAAGGCUAGUGGGAAGGAGCAGGAUCCUGUGCAUGGCUUGAUGUCAAGAGGAGGCUGACAGGUGAAGUGGGAGAAAAGAAGAGGCCACGGGAAAAUGCUGCAGGAAAAGGAAUAGCAAGGCUGCUGCUUUUCAAGGGAAAGCAGCGCUUUAAACAGCUAUGCAGCAGACCUGGGAGGGGGGUGAGGUUUUAUUUGCAUGGAGGUGCAAACGUUGGUGAGGAUUCCUGCAGAUUCCUGAUCAUGAGAAUGGGAUGGCUGCCUUAGGCAGCUGAUUUUGGAUGUCAUGAAAGUUGUUAAUGAUUUUAAUUUAUUACUGCAUAUUUUUUAUGGAGCAGGAGAGGCACUUUUUGGCUUUUCUGCCUCAGCUGCUGGAAGAAACUGGCCACUCCUGCUCAGGCAGCAAAAUAUCUUAGGCCAGCUCUUGAUGAUUCUCAAAAGUUCAGAAGACAAGCAAGAUUUCAUAAAGCAGAAAUUCAUCAAGUUGGUGCUUCUUCAGAUUAAUUAACAGGGAGAAAAGUAAUGUGUCUUUUACCUGUUCUAAUUCUCUCCCUACCCUUCACUUUUGCAAAGAAACAGUGGGCACUUUAAAUUUUGCAGUUUUGUUAAUUCUUAGAAUUUAAGUGCCUUACCUUGGUUCAGAAGGGUUGCUUCUUCACAAUUAUUGUUCCUGGGUUUCUUAUGAAUAAAAAGGUGCACUCUUAAUUUCAGGGUCAUGGGUUCGAGAUGCAUGUUGGGCGAAAAGAUUCCUGCAUUGCAGGGGUUGGACUAGAUGACCCUCAUGGUUCCUUCCAGCUCUGUGAUUCUGUGAAUGCAAGUAAAUAUUUUUGAGUCUGUUCUAUCUGCUGUCGGUAUUUCUUCCUCAAGACUGCUUUCAACAGUGCACAGAUCGUAUGCUAUCUAUGCAUGAGCAUGAACGUCUGAGAUGAGGAUGUUCGUGUCCAUAGACUUUAUGGGUGUAAGCUUCACCAGUCAUUGUAUAGGUCCAAGGGAACUUAUGUGUGUAGGUUCCCCCUUUUAGACAUAUGUGCUAAUAACUGGACAGUAGGGGGCUGCAAGAGCUGUGCUUUGUUUUGCGAGGCAAGAGGCCCUACUCCACAGCACCUUUCUGCCCAUGUUGCCGUGCCAUAGGAGUAAUUUAUGAAGGAUUUUUUUUUGCUGGGGGGCGGAGUCUAUUUGUGGAGGAAUUAGUUAUGAGUAGGAGUAAGGAACUACCUGACACAUGGCAGUGAAGGUCCACCCCAAACCACUGGAAGUACAGUAUACUCUCUCACAAUCACAGCUUUGUAGCUCUAAGGGUGAUAAGUUUUUAGUUUUUGAAAGCUGAGAUUAUCAGGGAGCUGAUCUCUGUGUCCCAUAGUACCACAUUUUACACUUUUUCUUUGGUCCCACUGAGUUAUUGUGUACAUAGAACACCACUUGUAGCUGGUUGCUUCAGGUUAAUUGGCAUCUUGCAAAAGGUUGGAUGAUGCUGUUAUAAUACUAUUCUUUCUUUCUCUCUGACUGGUUGUGCAGUGGCCUCAUAAAUCUGGCUCAUGCUCCUUUUCCAUUUCUUCAUUAACCAGAAAAGUACUCUUGUGUUCAUAUUUGUGGAAACACAAACAUACAAUGUGGUUGUUAGGAAGCAAGAUAAGGAAGAAGUAACAGCCACUAACUUAACAACCUGUUGGUUAGAUUAGUUGCUGGACACUUGGUGUAAUAUUGGGUGAGCUGUUAAGAAAAGAGAUCUGUCUUUAAAAGGCAUAGCUCAGUUCAAAUGGUCUUGUCUUAACUCUGGUGCAUUUCUUUAUCUUCAGUUCAAAUGGCCCCAGAUUUCUUACUUACCAUGGGCGUAGCCGGGGGGGGCAGGGGGACAGCUCCCCCCCCCAAUCAAUACAUAUCUGAGGUUCUCCCCCCCUCCACUAACGAAAGUCUGCCCUCCCCAACAAAUAUCCUGUCUACACCAGUGUUACUUAUGUAAGAAAAUACGGUAAAUUGCAGAGUCAACAGCUCUGUUUUCUUUUAAACAUAAGGUUAGCAAGAUAAAAGGAACAGCUCUUACACACUCAAGUGAUACAGUGCUGUAUAGACUAAACUUUGGUAAGCAAUGAAAUAGCAGUAACAUUCUAUUUCCUCCUCGCAAUACCCUGAGAACAUGAGCUUACUCUGUUCUGGAUGUUUUCUGCUCUUCCCUUGAGUAUGUUUUAAGGCACAGAUUAGCUGAAUAAUGUGAACAGUGUUUGGUGUAGUCUUGCUUGCCCUCUUCUUUGGAAAAUUGGAUGACGUUUAUAUCAGCAAGUCGAUGGCAGACUCAAAAUAUUUGAGUUCAGGGGUCAGUGAGCCAUACAAAAGGCUAAAAGUUUUUCUGCCAUAGUCUCUAUUUCAUUUACAACACAGUUAUGAAAUAUUUUGAGUACCCAGAAAAGAGGGAAGUCUGCCUUGCCAAAUAGUGGUUUCAUUCACUGUAAACAUUGCCUGGGUUUCUGUAGGCUGUUCCAGUCUCCAUUUUCUCUAGCAUAGUUGCAAUGCUUUAAAAUGGUAAUACUAAAAAAAUGGAAACAACUGAGGGAUGGUAUUGGAAUUAGAUAAUAGAGUGCACAAUUCCAGGUGGCAAGUGGGGGAUACCACUUUGUGCAAAGGUCUCUGCAGGUAGAAAGCUAGCUGUGCUAGUUUUUGUUCUUUUGUGUUUUUGUUUCAUUUUGCUUUGCUUUUAUGUGGAUAAGACUUUAAAAAUGGCAUCACCUCAUUUUGUUGCCUGUGUAAACUGGGGUUGCCUCCUAAUCACUGUUGUACUGUUCUCAGCAUCAAGCAGAAUUGCCACUAGCUUUCCACAACGUACUUUCUACAUAUGCAUCCAGUGUGGUGUAGAGGUUAACAGCGGUGGACUCAUAAUCUGGUGAACCGGGUUCGCGUCUCCGCUCCUCCACAUGCAGCUGCUGGGUGACCUUGGGCCAGUCACACUUCUCUGAAGUCUCUCGGCCCCACUCACCUCACAGAGUGUUUGUUGUGGGGGAGGAAGGGAAAAGAGAAUGUUAGCUGCUUUGAGACUCCUUAAAGGGAGUGAAAGGCGGGAUAUCAAAUCCAAACUCCUCUUCUUCUAUAAUCAUCAUGCACACAUAGAGUAAAAGACUUCCUCAGAAUUUGUGUUUCCAUUUUAUAAAUUUAACAUGAGACUGAGUGCAUUUAUUUAUUUAUUUAUGAUCGAUCAGAUUUCUUACCCACCCUUCCCCAGAAGGUCCCAGGGUGGGUCACGGCAGCAAAAUACACAAGUUUGCAUAGCAAGGGUGGGGAGCCAUGUGGGGCAAAGGAAAAUACUUUACCUGUUGUCAUGGUAAGGUCUGGUGACUGAUAGAUGGGAAGCUCCACCCACUUGUCAGAGUGGCUAGCAGGGGUUGGGAAAGGGCAGGAUCCAGUUCGCUAGCUCUGCAUUCAUUAAUCCCCCUGAAGUGGUUACAGUCAAACCUUGGUCCCUGAACACCUCUGUUUUGGAACAAUUCGGCUCCGGAACACUGAAAACCUGGAAGUAAAUACUCUUGCCAAUUAUGAAUGAUUUUCCAAAUAGAAAGAAAAUCUAGAUUCAGCAAGUGCCAUAUCAUGCAACUUGGAGUAAAAGAGCAAAGAAGCUCCUGCUUCUGUUCUUAAAUGUGACUCUUGGAGACUGUCCCACAUCUCUCUGGCUGACCCUUUGUCACGCAAAAGACAUAACUCUUCAGGGGACACAAUAAGCGUUAGAGUUCCUCCCACUCUGGGGUUACUGGAGCUGGGGGGGCGUCUGUUAUCACAUUAAACAGACCCUCUUUUCAUAGCAGGGCUUCUGCAUACUGCACCCAAUCCUGGUAGUUCCCCUUUGAAAGCUUCGGUAUUCCCAUUGCAAACUGAAGAGCUUCCGUCACUUUAGCAUUAGCCAUCUUGUGUCUUUAAAGCAGGCUGCGUCUGUUUACCAGCAGCUGUGUUUCAAAAGCACACUGCAUGAGGCCUUUGCUUAUGCUGAUCAUCUUCUGCAGGCCGGUCAGUGCUUUUGGCUAAAAGUUCAAAGUCCACCCUUACUGCCAAUUGAUUAGGGACUAGCAGGCUUCCUGGGGCAAUGAACACAAACCUCUCAUCAAUCUUCUUGACACGCAGAGACGAUAAGCUGCAUUCUGUUCUGGCAUCUUCUGGGCCCAUAACCCAAAAAUGCCGGCGCCUCCGCUACGACCGAGAUGAAAAGCUCAUCCUCCAGAAUCUCCUCCGAUGGUGAUUAACAACCUGAGCCUUUGAGAGACUUCAAAGAAGUGUGACUAGCCCAACGUCACCCAGCAGCUGCAUGUGGAGGAGCGGGGAAGCGAACCCAGUUCACCAGAUUACGAGUCUACCACUCUUAACCACUACACCACACUGGCUCCUGAACAUUUUAAAUUUGAUUUCCCGCUCACUUUUUAAAAGAUGUUUCUAGUCCUUAAGACUUCAAGUGCGUGCCCAACACUUGCUGAAAUCUCAAAAGCUACUGAUUGAGUUCCCUUUAUAUUUCUUUGUUAGCAAAAUCAGAAAGAAUUCUGCAAAAGUAAAAGAGGGGCUAUGUAAAUUUGAUUGUUUUGCAUAAUAAUGCAUGCAGGUCACAUAAUUUUGAUUACCUGAUCACAUUUAAACUUUUUUUUUUUACAGUGAGGUUACACAAACACACAAGCUAACAUGUACCAUGCUGUGUGUAACCCUAGUCAGCAACUAGUAGAACUUUAUUAUUUUAUUACAUUACAUUUAUACUCUGCCUUUCUUCUGUUAUAUUCUUAUGUUCCAGUCAAUCAUUUCCUAUCCUUCCUUACAGUACAAAUAAGAAAAAUUGUAUGUGUCCUAUCCUAUCUCAGUUACUUAGGCUGUGUCAAAUUCUUCCUCUUAUAUGACAGGGCUCAAGUGAAAAACAAAAGCCUCCAUUAUUGCUGCUGGCAAUUUUGCCUCUGGCUGCCAGAGAUGAUUGCUGCCCGCUGCUGCUCUGCCUCCCUCCCUUUCAGUCCAGCUCUGCACUUAGACACCUCUAGUGCCUGCUUGGCCAGGAUGGUGCCAUCUGCCUUCCUUGGAUUUACUUCAGGUUUUGACUUUUUAAAAUCUUAAUGGAAUAGGCUCAAACAGGAGCAUAAGAGUUGGAAAGACUGAGCACCCAGAGUUUUUUAUAUAUAUAUAUAUAUAUAUAUAUAUAUAUAUAUAUAUUAUUUUUAAAACAACUUUUAAAGGUGGCUAGCAUGAAAAUUCCUGGAGCUGCCUAUCUAAAAUUUGGAAGGUUAAUCCCCUCUAUUAUAGGGGCUACUAUGUCUCCAUAUUACAUAGAUUUUUAAAAAAUAAAAAAAGUUACAGCUGUUUGGGUUUCCCAAUGCAAGUCAAUGUGAUUUCCAAUUAAUUGGUUUUUUUGGAUCGUGACAUGGAUUAGGGAGUCUGCUCCUGAUUGCCCCGAGUUGAGACUGAUCCAAAGUACUGAAACAGGUCUUAAAUCAGAUCAGGUGUGUUUUGUGUGUACAUUGACAGCCCUAGUAGACUGUCCUUUGUUACGCAGCUUCCUCCUUAAAAACUUCUAUCAGUUGGAUUCUUUUGUUUGUUUGUUUGUUUGUUAAAAUUUUACUCAUUUUCAAUAACAAUCUUCUAAUUAAUGACAAAUCAAAUCAAUCCAAAUUACAAUAAUAGCAAUAUGCCAAUUAUAUAUUCCAAUUAUAAAUAAAAUAAUUGAGACUUCCCAUGUUCCAGAUGUCUAGAGAUAAUCAUCCUCAUUCAUAUCUCUGCAUUUUUGGCUAUUUUUCAAAUUCAAAACUAAUAUUAUCCAUCCUUAUUCUCAAUCUGAUCAGUCGUUGUUUCUGUGGCUCACAUCUUCUGUAGCAAAGUUUUUAUAUUGUUAACACACAGGAGGCAUCCCGUCCCCCCAUCAUCUUAUUCUCUAUCCAAUUAUUUUGGUAUUCAGUCCUCUUAUCUCUCCUUUGUUCAUCAAGUUCUCAUUAAAGGCACCAGGCUUCAUUCCAAAAAUAGAGUUUAUAAAUGGCAAGUCAACAAGUUCUCUCUGAUGUCUCUUAAUGAGCUGGUAUCCAUAUAUGUCUGUAUAUAAUGCUGUGUUGUGGGGCAUGCUUCCCGGCUGUAUAUUAUGUGAAAAUUAUUUGAAUUCCUCCAAGAGCAAAAGCCCCCCCCCCCGCACUCCAGGCCAUGAAAGAGCUGGCAGGGAUCCGGCGCUCUCCAUCCUCCUGUCCACAAUUUUUGUCCACAAUUAUGUAUAAAAAUAAUCCAUACAAGCAGAUGUAUUUUAGAAACAAAACACACCCCAAGUCCAAGGGAGCUCUUUUCCAUAAGAAUUCCUUUUUUUAGAACUGCACAAUAAUGAUCACCAUUUUGGUUCCGUCUUCAGUCCAAGCUGCCAUAUCUGAUCUUAUUUUGCCAGCUCUGAUUCUAAUUAGAGUCUGCUGAGGCCUGUGCACCAUACAUUCAAUUAAAAUUUUCACCUCUUGUGUUUCAUUUAAGUAAUUAAAUUCUUUCUGGAUGAGCUUUGCCAAAUCAUGAUGUAAUAUAACAAAUAAGGAAAGAUAGUGGUCACUCACCUAUUUAACCCACGUUUCAAGAUGAGAGUCUGUUUGAUGUCCGAAAUUCAGCAUCCAAUGACUGUAUAAUUUGGCAGUUUUUCCCCUUUUUUUCCCUCCAUCUGGAACAUGCCUGUUUCUCCCCCAAAUCUUAUUAUUUUAUAAACCAGGUGUCUCCUGCAUGUAGGAGUGGCUCUGGAGAGUGCCAGCCAUGCUGUGCUCUUAGACCCAGCAUCCCUGCAGCUUGCACCUCAAUGCGAGCCGACAGAUCACGGAUGAUCUGUGGGUCUGUGAGACAGUCCUCCCCCACCCCGGGCAGUCUGCCAGGGCUAAUUACCCCCAUAUCAACCCUGAAUUACUGGCACGGCUGGGGUCCGUUCAUGUGGGAGGCAGCCAUUUUCCACAGCAGGAAGUCGGAAGUCCCUAUCAGUUGGAUUCUUGUAUUGACAUGGAGUUGCCUGAGAUUACCUUUAAGGUCCCUUCAAACUGUGAUUCUAACUUAGAAAUAAUAUCUUAACAUUGCCAUGGUUUCUAUCUGACUGGAGAAGUAAAAUUUGAUUCAUGUUACGUUUCAGUAUUGUUUUUAUUUACUGUAUUUGCUAACGAGUAUUGCUUAUAGAGUCUCCGGUGUUUGGUGUAAGGAGUACCUACCUUAGUAUAAUUGUGUCGGUGUAAGGCCCAUUACUUAAUUCUGAGUAGAGUUUCAUUAGAAUGCCCUCCCUUAGAUCUAUGUGUUUGAGUGCCACUUUUAGGCACCAGGGUAAACAUGGUUUUAUUUUAAUCCAGUUUACUAUGCUUUUAUUGACUGCUGCUUGAAGAGUUGUUUGUGCUUAUAAGAAGUGGAUGCUUUGUAACUUCAUUUGUUCUGCUGUGGACUUUAUUCUGUUAUGAUGUGCAUGCUUUUAUCAUAAACAUUGAAAGUUUAUAAAGUGGCAAAAUCCCAUAAAAACAGCUAAAAAUGUGAACCCACCUGGUGCUUUUGGAUAGAAAGAAACCUUCACCAAAAGUUUAGCUCAAGUCUCAUAAGUUUGUCAGCGUUGCUUCCACCACAAUCCCUAAUUGCGUAGGCGGAGCUUCGUGUGGUAUUGUAACCAUCAGGCCUAAUCAUAAUGUCACGUUACUGUUACAGCUGAUGGUAACUUUCACAUAACAAGCUGUUAGUGUGAUAAAGACAAUUUGGUCUCUAUGAAGUCAAAUUAAAAGAAACUUAAAUGCUAGGGGUGCCAAGAGCUUCAGUAAGGUUCCCCAUUCCAUCCAAAGUAUAUUAGGAUGGAACCUACAGAAAACUGAGGUCCAUUUUAAUACAUUUUUUAUUAGAAAAAUCAAGCUAUUCUAGCUGCACUGUUACGGAUUAGCAUAAAACAUAUAUGUCUUAAAGUUGAUUUAGUGCUACCCAAGAAAAAGAACAAAAGCAGGGAAAUAUGAAACAUCUGCAAUGUGUUUAAUUCUUAGUUCUCCUCUUUCUCCUUGCAGAAGAGUCUGCAUGUGUGUCUGUGGCAGGUAAUUGCCACUUCUUCAGUGCAGAGAAUUCCCUAAGAAAAGUGAUCAUACCUUUGGAAUUAUAACAAUAACAAACAUGUAUGCAGAGUUUGAGGAAACUCCAUUGUGCUUUGAUCACAGAGAGGCUUUCAAACCACCAUAUUUUCAUGCCCACUUGUUGCAUCCUGAUAAUUAAGUAUGUUACUUGAUCUUGGCAAGCUUCUGCAAAUGGAAGUGGGAGAGAGCCUGCUUUUUGCAAGCAAAGAUCCGGGAGGUAUUUGGUUACUGGAAAACAAAAGCAAUUUGGGUUUUCUCAACCACAAACAGCUUUUGGCGCCUUAAGUUGGUUUCAUAGAAACUCCUAUCUGAGAAUUGCAGCCACAAGUAAUAAACUGAACAAGCCAGCACUGGAAAAGUUGCACGCUGUAUUAAUGUGGGGAAAUAUCCAGAAACCACCAACUAAAUAAAACAGCUGGAUUGUCUUUUAACUGACACCCUGACUUUCCAUUGAUGUAUCCUCUCUGUUCUACAAGCUAACAAAGGGAACCAAGGAUAUUCUCACUCUGUUAAAUAAUCCCAAAUUUAGCCAUAUAAUCGCAUCUGUUAAUUUGCAAAAGGGUGGAGUUCCAAGUAGACAGCAUAGCAUAAUAACCUUAUUAAUUUGUUGGGGGGGGUGUGUGUUUCCAAGCUGGAAAACAAUACAUCUAAAACAAAAUUGGCCUUUCACCCUGUCCUUUCCCUGCUGCAAGGACAGCCAACGUAAUACCCUCCAGAUGUUGUUGGUCUACAGCUUCCAUCUUCCUUGACCAUUCGUCAUGCUGGCUGUGGAUGAUGGGGAGUCCAGUAACAUUUUGAGGGCACUACACUGGCAAUGCUGAUCCACUGUUUGUUUCUGCAUUGUCCUUUGCCUACACUGGAGUAAGCAGCUGGGGGAGCCAGUGCAAAAUCUGGGCCCACCUCUGUGUUAACUAUUUGGUCCUGCCAGUGUGGUGUGAAGAAGUGCAGCAACAGUGCUGGCUAGCUGGCCGCACAGCUCCUAUUGCUGCCCCCAGUGGCGGAGGAAGAGGGGGCGCGGGAGUGCACCGCCCCCGGCAGCGCGAUCCCGGUGGGGUGCCAUUGUGGCUCCCUCCCCCCCCACUGGGCACCACACCCCCACAGGUGGCGUGCCACGCCCCCAGGACAGUCACCACGCCCCCCGGGACGCACGCCAGCCGCGCCCCUGCCUGCUCUCCGCCCCCCCCCCCGGAGCAUGAAGCUCCGCCACUGGCUGCCCCUUCCAUCACAAAUGACCUGCAGGAUAAGAGCUCAUCCAGGCUUCCUUCUGCACCAUGUUUUUAGGCACGGGUCCAGGUUUUCCAGGUCUACGCCCUACCUAGCGUUCUUCUUCUUUUUGUCCCACCUCUUUCCCCAGGAAAACUGAUCUUAACUACUGAAUCAGGACAAAUGGUAAUUGGGUUUCCCGUUUGCUCCGAUUCCGCAGUACAACACAGGUUUUCACAGGGAAAGCGCCAGAGCAAAAAACCAAAAGGCUCAGACCCAGACCCAGAAAUCCCAGAUCUGUGCCCAGAAAGGUACUUUAGGAUGAGCCCAAACUCAUUGCUGGCUGGGGACUUGUAGCAAAACUAAAACCCUCUAAGCAGUUUGCAGACUCUGUAGGUUUUUUUGGGGGGGGGAGGGGGGCAAGAGUGUAUACCAUUUUGUUAAAUAUAUAUAUAUAUAUAGUCACCUUUAUAGAGAAGUACAGCCUUUUUUGUUCAGUACUGGAAUAAUAAAAUACAACUCAGCAAAUCCAUAUACCUUGCUAGGGGAAAUUUCCUAAGUAAUCCUAAAUAAUUAAGGACUGUAAGACUAAUAAAUUUGAGAAAUGAUCAUAUUUAUCUAUUGUAUAAUAUUGCAAUUUAUGUGAAUGGUGAAACAUGCAGUAGAAAUAUCCUGUAUCAGUUCAUUCACUGUUUUGGAAUGGUGUUUAUGAUUUUUUGUGUGUCUAUGCAGUAGAAAUAAAAUAUACAGUAAUAAUCCACACAAAAAUAGUAACUUUUUAUUGUCUUUAAUUAGCUAAAUCCAUAAAUACCACUUCAAGAUAGGCAGAAGGGGGAAAGGUUAAUAAAUGAGGCUGUGUCUUUGCAAUCUUGCGUGCUCUCUCUCUCUGUUACAGAAUUGCUUGUUUUCCAUGUGUGCAGAUGCAAGGAGGACAUAAUAUGAUUAGAAAUGUUACAUAAGAAGACAGUCGUGAUAUUCUUGAUAGCUGUAGUUGGGUCUUCAGCUAACCAUAGUUAGCCCAAAUGAUAAGGUUGUAUCCAACUAAGUUAUACUCAGAGUAGAAACAUGAAAAUGAACGAACCUACCGUAAGUUAGCCAUGCCCAUUAAUAUCAAUGAGUCUGCUCUGAGUAGGACUAGCAUUGGCUACAACUUCUAGUUUGCAAACACUCUUCUAACCACAGUUCCAAACUGUAUAGCAAAGUUUAGUUGGAGGGGGAAGCCAGGUACAUCGACUGAUAUAUCUGUAUACUGCCCUUAUUUUACAUCCUUGACGAUUGGUGCUGAAUGUGUGUACUGAUUCAGUUGACAAGCAUGUUGUAUGAAAUAGGUAAGUUCUGUAAUGGCCCAUUCACAUAUGCAUGAAUGAUAUUUCAGCCACCAUGUGACUUAAUGUACAUGUUUGACUCACCUUGAUGUCUUCUUAAAACUGAAACUGGGGCUGUUGUUUCCUUCAGGUGGAUUUGCUGAAUUUUCCAGUUGUUUCCCUGGCCUUUGUGAAGGAAAAUCUAUUCUGGUGCCUUCUUGCAUUUCUCAACCCUGCUUACCAGUCUCCAACACUGGGCCAACACGGAUUCUUCCUCACCUUUACCUUGGGUGCCAGCGGGAUGUCCUCAGCAAGGUGGGUGCCCGGAAAUAAUAUGGCCCCUAUUAAGUGACUCAAAGGACAAUCUCCCCCUGGCCUUGCAUUUUCAUGCGAUACUCACCAAUCAGUUACCUUGACUUCUUUCGCUGUCAAGCUGAAUUAAUUUCCCUUAAUUGGUGAUAUUAUCACUUAACCAACUCUGAUUUUAAAAAAUAUGUUUUUAACAGCAAAUUUUCACAAUUCUGAAAAGUUUUCUCCGUAAGAAGAACUUGCAUUUAACCUGUAUGACAACACAAUGCUACAUAGCCAGACAAAUAUAGCUAAGUGAUACCACUGAUAAAAUGAGAGUGACACCAAGAGAUGAUAACAUAGUGUGGUGAACAUUUGCAUGAAAAAAUAAUUGAAAAGGGAUUUGUUUGUUUGUUUUACACUGCCAAAAAUAUUUGUGAAAACCAGGAAUAGUUUUGGGUCCCCUCAAAUAUAUUUUCAAUUAACAUUCUCUUUCUUAUAUUGAUCUGUACGUGGUGAGACUUGUAACAGCUGGCAUUGGCUUCCUUUCUUUAAUAGGAGCUGAUGCAGCAAAACGACAUUGGCUACGUAUUGAACGCCAGUAAUACUUGCCCCAAGCCUGACUUUAUCCCGGAAUCCCACUUCUUAAGAGUGCCUGUAAAUGACAGCUUCUGUGAGAAAAUCUUUCCGUGGUUGGACAAGUCUGUGGAUUUUAUAGGUAAAAAGAUGGUGUCUCUUUUAAAAAAGAAAAAGGAAACCUAUGCCAAAUGAUUUACUUCCACUAAAUGUUUUUCAAGCAGAAACAUGUUUGCUUGACUCCGCGCUGCUUGCAUGACUUCUCUCUUCUCACAGUAUGGCUGACACGUCUGAUGGGGUGGGAUGCUUUCAGCAUGAAGCCCAAGAGGUUCGCAUUCAGGUGGGCCUGCAGAAGGAUGGGCCCCAGAGGCACAGGAAGCUGCUACAGCACCAAUGGCUAUGACUUCCUGUCCAACUGUCCACUUACCACUGAAAAUUAAAAUUUGAUUAUUCAUAUGCAGGUGUGAAGAAGCCAGUGGCAAUAUGAACCUGUAUGUAGUAUCACGUUGAGAGUCCUGGAUGUAAAUAAGUGGGGAGGACUGGUGGUAGCCAUUGAAGUUGGAUCCCAGGGUGAAAUCUAGUUGGCCUAGAGCAGUUUACAUGUUCCUUUUUAUUUUUAUUAUUUUUUAUAUCAUUCCCAUUUUUCUAUUUGCAUAUCAUACAUUACCGUCAAAUAUUCUUUCCAUAUAGACUUCCCAGCCUAGCCUUCCAUGGCAUUUGUAAUAGAUCUAGUAUCGCUGUAUAUCUGUCAGGGACUAGGCAGAGCAGGAAUGGUGAGACCGCCUCUGCAGCCUGACCCUUCCAGAGAAGAAGACAGUUCAAAAUUACCACAGGGGUUUGAGGGAGGUCACAGCUCAGAGGAAGAUGAGGGGGAAAGUUGGGAAAUAAUGGGAGAGGAGGAGGAAGCAGAGCUGGAGCAGCAGCUGGCUGACAUGUUAUCACUAGAAAGCAUUCCAUGCCCUCCAUCUCCCAGAACCUGGCGAGCCAUAAAAGUAGGAGAGCAAACGGCACAGAAGGAUGACGAAUGAGGACGUGGGAGAGAAUGGGAGUGGAGAUUUCCUCGGGAUGCCAUUAUUCCAAGAGGCUGCAUUCACAAGCCUCUCUCUGGAAAUAUUGAAUAAAACCAGAUUGUAAAGACUUUUCCUUGUCUUAUCUAUUCCUGGCAACCUGCCCUGGGAUUGGUUCCUCUGCUGCCUGACAAUAUCCAUAUAUUAAUCCACCCUACUUUUUCUUUCCUAGUCCUUCUUUGUAUUUAAUUGUUGUUCAGAGAAUUACCCCUACUUGUAGUUUUUAGUAUCAAUUUUGUUUAAGGGCUCCCCAAAAGUUUCCCAUUUGCCAUUUAUUUGUUUUCCAUCCUGAUUCCUUAUUUUGGCUGUCAUGCUCACAAGUUUGGCAUAUUCUGUCAAUUAAUACAGCCAUUGUUCUUUUGUUGGUAUUUCUUCUUCCUUCCAACUUUUAGCAUAGAGUAUGCUGGCUGCUGCUGUGACAUAGUCUUUGGGGGAGCUCAUCACCAAUUAUCGCUAAUACAAAGGCUUCUGUUUUCUUUGGAAAUGUAUUUUUUAAUUUUAAAAAAUUGAGCUCAUCGUAGACCAUCUCUCAAUAUUUUUGGGAAUAUUUACACUACCCAUAUGUAUGAAAGAUCCUUCAAUCUCUUCACAUUUCCAGCACAGUUUGUUUUUGUUUUUUAAAAAUUUCUAUAUCACUUUCUAUUUAGAGAAUUUCAAGGUGGUUCACAUUAAAACUUUAAAACAGCACUGAAAUAACAGUAUUGAAAUAACAGUACUGUGUCACAACAUCCACAGUGGGCAGCGGCAAUGAUCAGGGUGUUUUGGGUAUAGGUUGAAAACCUACUAGCUGGAGCUCACUUCCUAUCGAUAGGAAGACACAAGGUAGGCAGCACCAAAGUUCAUCUUGUGGAUGCUUCAGGGUCCACAUACUGUAGCUCAACCAGGGGAGCCUCAUGCAAAGGUUUUAUUGAAUGGGCAGGUCCAUAUGCAAGAAGGCAUUCUCUCAAGUGACCUGGUCCCAGGUUGUUUAGGGAUUGAUAAAUCAGUAAUAAAACCUUAAACUUUGCUCAGAAGCUAUGCAAGAAGUAAAGAAAAUAGGAGAAAGUGGAAGUGAGUUGCUUUCCUCUUUCCUUAGGCUAUGUGUGAGCAUGCGAUGUGGGAGUGGACACCUCUUACCUCACUUACAGGAGAGAGGCAGAACUCCUCCUGUUGCACAAUAUCCUGGAAAUGCAGAAAAGGGGCAUGUCCUCUCACUCACUCCCUGUUUUGAUCCUUCCUCAUAUCUUGCAAAGCUACCAAAUAUCCACUUUGUAUGAAUUAAUAUCACCUACAGAGCCUUAAGUGGUGAGUGAUUAUCAAGAGCCAUCAUGGCACCAUGAUAGGCCUCUUGGGAUGCAUGGGUGUUGAUUCUGACCUGCUGCCUCAAAAUACUUACCUGUAUUUGGAGUCUGCUCCAUCUUCCCAUCUUGCUUGGCUAAUCAGUGAGCCAUGUAAGAUUAGGCAAUGGGCCAGAAUCAGCUGGGAGGGCACAAAUUGCAUGCUUCUCAAAAAGGAAUCGGGAAAUGGCAUUUUUCUAGAGACUACGCGGGUGGUGCUGUGGGUUAAACCACAGAGCCUAGGACUUGCCGAUCAGAAGGUCGGCAGUUCGAAUCCCCGCGAUGGGGUGAGCUCCCGUUGCUCGGUCCCUGCUCCUGACAACCUAGCAGUUUGAAAGCACGUCAAAGUGCAAGUAGAUAAAUAGGUACCGCUCCGGCGGGAAGGUAAAUGGCGUUUCCGUGCGCUGCUCUGGUUCGCCAGAAGCGGCUUAGUCAUGCUGGCCACAUGAUCUUGGCCAAUAAAACAAGAUGAGUGCCGCAACCCCUGAGUCGGCCACAACUGGACCUAAUGGUCAGGGGUCCCUUUAGCUUUACCUUCUUAUGCCCUUACUGGAGACUGUGUGUAUUGCCUGAAUAUAUACACAUCUCCCAAGGCCUGUUGGUGAUUAUGUAUAUUGACUGGAAAAUGUGCACAGUUUCCUCUUCAUGGAAGGAUUAUGUGCAUAUUCUUAAUGAGUCUUGGUGCAUGUGAACAAUGGCUGGUGGUUAUGGACAUUAACUGCUCCGCCUUCAUUUCCCCUCAGCGUACUUCUUCAUUUUUUUCAGGUAACAAUCACAUUUUUUUGGACCAUCUGUGCUAGUUGCCCCUCCAUGUUGGCAAUCUGAGUCUGGGGGCUGAGAGGGUGGAGACAAGUCAGCCCUGCAGGCAUUUAGGCAGGAUUAUAUGUAUGUUAAUGGAUGGUGAAAAGAGGCAGCCGCUUGUCGCAAGACCUUCAAUAUCUCCAUAUCUUCAAUAUCUCCAUAGCUUGAUUUACUUAAACAGUUCCAAGGAUUAUUACCAGUGUUCAAUGCAUUCUUAGGUUUUGUCAUAGUUGAUGGUGCUUAGCAUUUCAGGAUAAAACUGCACAUGUGAAGCCACCAUGAGAGCAGGGAGAUAUGCUUCUUAAAAAAACUAGCUGAAAAUGGCUAUAUGCUGCAAUUUAUGGAUUUUUAUUUUUGCCUGCGGAUCCCUGGGAGAUUAAACAGAUUUUUCUCAUUUUCAGCAUCUUUUAGAGCACUAAUGAGUGGUUUCCGCUUUCUUUCGUUUCCCACAGAAAAGGCAAAAGCCUCAAACGAUCGUGUCCUAGUCCACUGUUUAGCUGGGAUAUCUCGCUCUGCCACCAUCGCUAUUGCAUAUAUAAUGAAAAGAAUGGAUAUGUCAUUAGAUGAGGCCUACAGGUAAGGAAGAAGGGUCCUUUUCUUGAGGAAACCAACACAAAGAGCUGACUUCAAAUAUUCUCAUGGCCUCAGCUGCUUUCAAUGGUUUCAGUGUGAUUGGGGCAUGCAUGCCCAGAAGCCGUUAAAUAUCGUGUUUUUCCUGGGCAUUGUGUGAAACUUGCCGGUAAUUGGUAGCUCCUGGACUCAGCUGCUUUUUGAAAGUGAAGUCCAGGACUGUGUGUUGAUGCUUGGCCCACAAUGGGCCCUGCAUGGAUUCAGUAACGUUUAUUUGAUUGGGCUUCCUAUGUAAAUGGAACAGUAAGUGUGCAGUAAGUACUCUACAGCAAUUCUGCCAGCAUCUGGGAGAUAUCUCCCCAGCCUUGCCAUUUAGACCCCGUUUACCUUAUUCUAUAUAACUGUAAUGCAAGCCCACCUUUCUUUUCAAGGGACUAUGCUGUGCACACACCACUAUUUGUGCACCUACAAGACAAAGGUGACUGAAGUAUCACCACACAUACCUGUAUACAUACCUGUUCAAAUGAUCAACAUUUUUUUUAAAAAAAAACACACCAUCCUGAGGAAAAUGUAGAGGAGACUACUUCUGUAGCAGCUCUCCUCUUCAAGAAUGAAUUAUUGCUAUAGUGGUGAAUAGGUACCUCUGUGGCAGGAAGGUAAACGGCGUUUCCGUGCGCUCUGACACUCAUCACGGUUCUCCAUGGGCCAGCAGCGGUUUAGUCAUGCUGGCCACAUGACCCAGAAAACUGUCUGUGGACAAACGCCGGCUCCCUCGGCCUCAAAGCGAGAUGAGCGCCACAACCCCAUAAUAGUUGCCUUGGACUGGACUUACCCAUCCAGGGGACCUUUACUUUUCCUUUUUACAUGAGGUUCUACUGGUCAAGGGGUUGGGGUUUUGCAAUAGUUUCUGGUCCUUCCCAAAGAUGAGUUGAUUGUCCUGAGCAGGAAAACUUUCUGCAUAAAUUGUGCUUAGCACUGCUGCUACUGUUACAAUGAUGCUUCAGAAUGUUCCACUAACAGAAAAGACAGCUUCCUGGUCCAGUGAGUUUGCAAUCUAAAUUACAAAUAUGAGGGAGAAGGGGAUGGGGAAAAUGGGUUAGUUUGUGCAAAGGCAGUUAUGUGCCUAGGAGAAGAUGAAGACUAAGGGGUAAAACCAACACUUUCAAGGGUAGAUUGGAGGAAGAACUUUAAGGAAGGAGGAUGCUCCAGCUAUAGGGGCUGUCAGGGUUGCUUGAGGGAAUAGGAGAAUUUUGGAUAGCAGGAGGUAAAUUUGCUUAAUGUGUGCACCUUACCUUGGUAUAGCCUAGUGUGCAACACAUGAGCUCUGGUCAGCCUCAGCUCAUGGCUUGCAUUCAGAAUUCAGUUGUGGUGUCAUAGGCUAAUGGAUUGGCUGAACUCUUUUUUUUUUAAUAAACACACAUUUCUGUUUAGAUUCGUAAAAGAGAAGAGGCCAACAAUUUCUCCCAACUUCAACUUCCUUGGCCAGCUUCUAGACUUUGAGAAGAAAAUCAAGAACCAAAGUGGCCAACCUGGAUCCCUUAGCAAACUGAAGAUUAUGCAUUUGGAAAAAAGCAGUGAUCAUGGACUGAGACUGGACAGCGGGCAGAGCAGCAGCAGCAGCAGCAGCCUUUCCUCUUUCCCGCUCUGUGCUACAUCUACCUCGGAGACUGUGGAGCAAAAGCCAGUGGAAUCUGGAAACCACGCAGGUUCCCCUUUGCUGUCAUCAGAGGACAGCCCAUUGGUACAAGGCAUAAUUGGACUAAACAUAUCCUCGGACAAAGUUGAAGACAAUAACAGGCUAAAGCGGUCGUUUUCCUUGGAUAUAAAAUCUGUGUCCUGUGUGGCAACCAGCACCUGUGUUGCUGCUUCAGGAGAGGGCUACCCCUCCUUGGAGGACACACUGGAAUAUUACAAGCAUUCAGCCACCUUGGAAGGUGGAGCCAAACUAUGCCAGUUCUCCCCUGUACAGGAGGUCUCAGAACAGACUCCUGAAAGCAGCCCCGAUAAAGAGGAAGCAAAGCUUCCAGAGAAGUCCCAGAAUACCUGGCUGCUGGACAGCCACAGCAAAUGGCAGCACUUGGGGAGAACCGCUAGCACCACCCAGAGGUCACUCUUGUACCCACUGCAUCGAAGUGGCAGCAUGGAAGACAACUAUAAAACUAACUUCCUCUUUGGCCUUUCCACCAGCCAGCAGCAUUUGGCCAAGUCUGCCGCUGGGCUGGGCCUGAAGGGCUGGCACUCAGACAUCUUAGCCCCACAGGCUUCCGCGACACCUUUGGCCAACAGCUGGUAUUUUGCUACGGACACCUCUCGCUUUUACUCUGCAUCGGCUAUAUAUGGGAGCAGCACAGCCUAUUCUGCCUACAGCUGCAGCCAGCUGCCCACGGGGUGUGAGCAAGCCUAUGCCGUUCGCAGGAGGGAGAAGCAUGGAGACAGGGGGGACUCGCGGCGCAGCUGGCAUGAGGAGAGCUCCUUUGAGAAGCAGUUCAAGAGAAGGAGCUGCCAGAUGGAAUUUGGGGAGAGUAUCAUGUCCGAGAACAGGUCCCGAGAGGAACUUGGGAAAGUGGGCAGCCAAUCUAGCUUCUCAGGCAGCAUGGAGAUUAUUGAAGUAUCUUGA